AUGUUGAACACCUCCGGUCCAGCCGUAUGCCGUAUUUGUCACAGCUCAGACGUGUCGGGGCCCGUUCCUGGAGAGCCGUUAUAUUCACCAUGCAGAUGCAAGUAUGUUGAUUACGUUUUUCUUUUCUACCUUUCAGAGGCGGGAUGGGUCUUUUCCAUCGAUAUUGUCUGGAGAAAUGGCUGGAGACUUCCAAGACGACUUCUUGCGAAAUAUGCAAGUUCAAGUUCCAAGUCAGGCAGUAAGUCCAAUUGUUUAUUUUAAAUCAUAGAAAUAUGCUUCAGAGUCUAAAGUAAAUUUUUAGGCAGCCUCCAACUAUGCUUGAUUUCCUUAAAGACAAGGCGAUGAGGAAGGAAACCUUGCCUGAUCUCAUUUGCUUUUUGUUUCUUACUCCACUGUCUCUCUUUAGUAUCGUCACGUGUUUGUAUGGAUUCUUCAAUUAUGGGUAUAUCUUUCAGCCCGCAGAACCAAGUGUUUCAAUUGGGUCUGCAUUGAGUAUGUUUAUUGUGUCAAUGUAACGCCGCAUCUUUAUGAUUUCAGUGUUCUUCAUCCUGGCCAUAAUUUUGAUAGUGACAUAUUUCUCUUGGCUAACCGUUACACUGAUUCAUUAUUCUCAAGUCUUUAGGGGAUGGAGAAGAGUCAAUACGGUAAGCUGUGUGCUGCUAGUAUUGUUAUCAUACCUCCUCAGAGACUACGCGUCAAGAAACUUGAGGAUUCAAGAGUCACCGAGAAGGAUUCCGUCUUCAGCACUAAGGUUGAUAUUGUAAUACCAAUGAUGGACAAGACGGCGUCCAUCUCCCCUCCUGAUUGUGAAGUCGGUUCUUCCCCAGGGAUUCAGAUUCCAGACAGCUUCACGUCGAAUUCGGUCGCUAGAUCGUUCACUGCCACAAGCACUCCAAGACAACUCUGA